CAUUUUUUCCUCAUGCACGACUCCUUUCGAAAGUCCAUCAUCCACUCACACGCGAUGACCCAGAUUCGUCACCGCUGCCGCGCUGGGUCAAAGUUCACUUUUGGAUGAUGCCCUGGGCAGCUGGCUUUGAGCGGGCGCUUUGUGAUUUGUCCUGUUUGUCUUUUGUUAAUUUCAAUUUUCCACCAUGUCUCGCCGAGGUUUUGGCAACCUGGGCUUAGACCGGGACGUUUACCAGAUAGUGCUCAAACUCGAGGAACAACAAGAGGAAAACGAGAAGGGCCGCAAACCGCGGCUAACGGUAGGAUUCGUCUACGACACCAUCAAGCGCUCCAAUUCGAGCUUGGCACGGCAGAAGAAGCGGCCCCUGGAGGACUCCAUUGAACGAGUGCUUGCAGUGCGAAAGGAGCAGGCCAAGGUCGACGAGCAGGAGGACUCGGACGACCUGCUCGAGGCGCAGGAGCUGGAAAGAGCAAAGGCAGCAAAGGCCGAGCGAGAGCACAACCUGCUGAACCGCCAGAUUGCCAAGUCCUGGGGUUUCGCGAGCUCGACUUCUACACCCGCCGCAACAACACCUGCGACAACACCUGGUGGCCCAUCGUCCGAGGUCGCUAAGGACGCCCCUAGCAUGGAAACUCCCAAUGGAAUUGAUGGCACAUCUGCCUUUGCCGCUGAUAGGCAAGCUAACGGCGAGCCGAGGCCCAAGAAGAGGAAGAGCGGUCCGAAGGAGGUCGACCGGAGCCCUCCCGCCGGCGUCUCCAUCUUGGACAUUGCAGGCGUCGAUGAGACGCUGGGAAGGCUUCUGGAUGAGCUUUGGUUUCCCCUUCGCGCAGGCGAAGCCUGUGAAAAGAUGGGCUACCGCUAUGAUAACGGCGUCCUGUUGCACGGCCCCUCUGGCUGCGGAAAGACGACUCUCGCAUACGCUGUCGCACGUAGCGUUGGUACGGCCUUCAUCCCAGUCUCGGCGCCGUCCGUGAUCGGUGGAACGUCGGGCGAGUCCGAGAAAAACAUCCGCGAUGUCUUUGACGAAGCCAUCCGCCUCGCCCCGUGUCUCCUCUUCUUCGACGAGAUUGACAGCAUCGCCGGUAAGCGCGAGAGCGCCAACAAGGGCAUGGAGGGCCGCAUUGUGGCUGAGAUUAUGCAUGGCAUGGACCGCAUCAAACAAAACACACCCCUGGGGAAAAACGUCGUCGUGCUUGCCGCCACCACCAGACCCGAAUCCCUCGACCCAGCUAUCCGCCGCCGCUUCAGCUCCGAGAUCGACAUAGGCAUGCCGAACGAGACAGCCCGCGAAGCGAUCCUCAGGUCCCUCACGCGCGAUCUGAGUCUGGCAGACGACGUCAACUUUCGAGAGCUGGCGAAGAUGACCCCGGGCUACGUUGGCAGCGAUCUCCAGUACGUCGUCAAGGCCGCGGUAUCCGUAAGCUGUCGGACCAAACUCGACGAGCUCAUCCACAAGGCCCGUGCCUCAAAACCCCCAGACUACCUCCUUUCGGCCUCCCAAAGACAACGCGACUGGAUCCUUCUUGAAGACAGCCACGCCCACUGGGACGAGAAUCGCAUCACCAUGGCUCAGUUCAAAGCCGCCGUGUCGCGCGUGCAACCUGCUUCCAAACGUGAAGGCUUCAGCACCAUUCCGGACACGACUUGGGCCCACGUCGGCGCGCUUGAAGAUGUCCGCAAGAAACUCGAAAUGUCUAUUAUUGGCCCCAUCAAGGACCCAGACCUCUUCUCCCGCGUCGGCAUCAAGCCCGCAGCAGGUAUCCUGCUCUGGGGUCCACCGGGGUGCGGCAAAACCUUGGUUGCCAAAGCGGUCGCCAACGAGUCCAAAGCCAACUUUAUCUCCAUCAAGGGCCCCGAACUACUCAACAAAUACGUCGGCGAAUCCGAGCGCGCCGUCCGGCAGCUGUUCGCACGCGCCAAGUCCUCCGCGCCCUGCAUCCUGUUCUUCGACGAGAUGGAUGCUCUCGUCCCAAAGCGCGACGACUCCCUCUCGGACGCCAGCGCCCGCGUCGUCAACACGCUUCUCACCGAGCUCGACGGCGUCGGCGACCGGUCCGGCAUCUACGUCAUUGGCGCGACCAACCGGCCCGACAUCAUCGACGAAGCCAUCCGUCGCCCGGGCCGGCUGGGAACCAGCAUCUACGUCGGCCUGCCCUCGGCCGAAGACAGGGUCGCGAUCCUCAAAACGUUGUACCGCAACACGGUCUCCAAGGCGCGCAGAGACGUGGCGGCAGCUGCAGCAGCUACUGCAAAGAACAGCAGGGAUGCGGACGUGGACAUGCCGGAUAUUAACGCGCAAUUCGCCACCACAACUACCACCACCUCUCCGGAUACUGCAGGCAUAGAUGAUCAUCAUGGCACCCGCGAGGCCGACCUGGAAAAAGUGGCGCUCGACAUGCGCUGCACGGGCUUCUCGGGCGCAGACCUGGGCAACCUCCUGCAGGCGGCGGCGCAGGCGUGUCUGGAGCGGGCGUAUCUGACGCAGAAGAAGGAGGGGGCCGUUGACGACGCCCGCGGUGAUGCUGCUGCUGCCGCGGUGGAUCCGGUCAUCACCAUGGAGGAUUGGGAGAGGGCGCUGCAGGAGGUCAAGCCGAGCGUCAGGGAUGCAGACAAGUACCGUGACGUUCUUGAUGGGUAGGAUACCGAGUGGCAUAACCUUAUUCUGUGUCGAAAUAACAGCUCUGUUGGUUACUUUUUGAUUCAGAUGUCGCUUCCCUGUGCAAAUACGUGGGUUUUGAGUGUUUCAGAGUUGGUGGUUCAGGGGACCACCAGCCAAAUCCUUGUUUUGAUAAUUCAGAAAGAAAAUAAUUAGGACAAACCGCCUAAGGUAGUGUUGAGGGUUACCUAGGUACUCAACCUUCUUCUGUUUUCCUUCUCUCUUUCUUUUCAUCUUUCUUUUUGGUAUAGUGUUGAGGGUUAGUACUCAACCAUUUUGUCUCUUUUCUUCCUCUCUUUCUUUUCAUUUUCCUUUUUGCUUCUCUAUUCCCAUCUUUUAUCUUCCUUUUCUUCAUGUUCUUAUUCGGCGGGGGCCUG